UAUAAUGUUCUUCAUCCAAUUGGUUGGGAUGCAUUUGGGUUACCUGCUGAAAAUGCUGCAUUUGAAAAAAAACUUGAUCCAGUUGUGUGGACGUAUCAUAACAUUAAAACAAUGAGAAAUCAAUUAAAUUUGUUGAAUUAUUCUUUUGAUUGGAAUAGAGAAUUUGCUACAUGUGAUCCUGAAUAUUAUAAGUGGACGCAAGAAUUAUUUUUAAAACUUUUUGAUAGAGAUCUAGUUUAUAGGAAAGAAUCAUUUGUUAAUUGGGAUCCUAUUGAUGAAACUGUAUUAGCAGAGGAACAAAUUGAUACAAAUAAUUGCUCUUGGAGAUCAGGUGCUAAAGUAGAGAAGAGGUUAUUAAAUCAGUGGUUUAUUAGAACUAUACCAUUUGCUAAAUCAUUAUUUGAAGGUUUAAAUGAUCCAACAUUGAAAGAAUGGAAGGAUAUUAAAACAAUCCAACAAAAUUGGAUAGGUGAUUGUAAUGGUACUAGUUUUGAAUUACACUUGAUAGGAAAUAUUCCAAAUUAUCCCAAAACAAUAAAUGUUUGGACUAAUCAUCCAGAAUUCAUCGAAUAUGCAAAGUUUAUUGCAGUAUCUCCAAAGAGCUUAUUAAAUAGAUCAGAAUAUUGUAAAGAUGUGGUAGAAGGAAUUCAAAUCAUAGAUGCUAAAGUAGUAAAUCCAUUCAAUGGAAAUGAAUUACCAAUAUUUGUAACAGAUAAAAUUACAUUUCCAAAUUUUAGAGAUACUUAUCUUGGUAUACCUUCUGCCUCAGUGGAUGAUUAUCAAUUUUCUGAACUAAUUGGACUUGAAUUUACGCGGCAUUCAAUAAGAAGUUAUGAGGAACAACAAAAGAAAAGAUUAGAAAUAUUAUCCAAAGCAAGAAAGUGGAAAAUUGGUGGAUAUCCUGUUGGUUCAAGAUUACAAGAUUGGUUAAUAUCUAGACAGAGAUAUUGGGGUACACCAAUUCCAAUUAUUUACUGCUCAAAUUGUGGCAUCCAACCAGUAUCACGUGAUAAACUUCCUGUAGUAUUACCAAAUGUAGCAUUUUCAUCUUCAAAUAAAAAAUCUAUAUUACGCGAAAUUAAGGAUUGGUUAAAUACUUCUUGCCCAAAAUGUGGAGGUGAAGCAGUUAGAGAAUCAGAUACAAUGGAUACAUUUGUAGAUAGUUCGUGGUAUUAUUUAAGGUACAUUGAUCCACAAAAUAUGAAAGAAAUGUUUGCUACUAAUAAAGUGAAAGAAAUAUUUCCUGUCGAUCUGUAUGUAGGUGGAAAAGAACAUGCUGUACUACAUUUAUAUUAUGCUAGAUUUAUAAGUCAUUUUCUACAUUCAGAAGGACUUUUACCCACUAUGGAACCAUUUAAACAAUUGCUUGUGCAGGGUAUGGUACUUGGGAAAACAUAUCAGGUAAAGAAAACACAAAAAUACUUGAAAACAGAUGAAGUAGAAGAAAAUGCAGGAGAAUAUGUAGAAAAGAGUACCAAAGAACCAGUCAUUGUUUCAUGGGACAAAAUGUCUAAAUCAAAGUAUAAUGGCAUUGAUCCUCUUGUAUUUGUAGAGAAAUAUGGAAUUGACACAACUAGACUAUUUAUAUUAGCUGAUCAGACACCAACUUCGGAUAAGUGUUGUAAUCAUGACACUAUACCGGGAAUAUUAAAUUGGCAAAGUCGCUUAUGGAAAACAGUGAAAACUUUUACGGACUAUCGCAAUAACGUAACCUUAGAAGAGCUCCAAACACAACCUACUGAUCCUAAAUUUGCACAAGAUGAUGAAUACAUGUUUGAUAGCCGAAAUUAUUUUUUAAAGUCUGUAACUUUUAAUAUAAUUGGAUCUCAACAAUUAAGUAUUGCAAUAUCAAGAUUGCAAGGACUUACAAAUAGUAUACGCAAAGUUUCUAUAGAAUGCAUGAAAAAAAGUCGUGAGUAUGAACGUGCAUUAGCAGUCCAAAUUAUAAUGCUUGCAUCAUUUGCACCACAUUUUGCUUCGGAAUUGUGGUCCGCAUUUUCUACGGCAAAACAUCAUCUGAUGGAUAAGAAUGAAAUAGAAUUAAAUAAGGAUGUUAUGGAACAAAAAUGGCCAGAGAUAGAUAUAAAUUAUAAAAUGACAGUGGAAGUCAGAAUAAAUGGUGCAUUCUGUACAAAGAUUAGAAUACCCAAGUACGAAACAGAUAAAUUAUCACUUGAGGCAGCUUUUAACUUAAUAGAGAAUGAACCAACUGUCCAAAAA